UGUCUGAUGGCACGGGGGCCAAUCAACGCCAAGGGAUUAGAUGGUUUUUGGGCGUGUGGCACCACAAGAUCUUUGUCAUUGAACUUGAAAAAAUGCCAGGGAGAUUCCCGCAGUUUGUUUGACAAAAUAUUGAAGUGA